AUGGGUCGCCUCCUGAGGGGUCAGUUCUCCAUUCCAGGUUAUUCAGGAUGGAAGAAAUCUUGGUGGAGAAGACAAGGACAGGGUUCCAGGGGUUUUGAGUUUCUGACAAUGCCUCGUACUAGAGAAGGCACCAAGAAGCAGCAGAGGGUCCUAAAAGAUUGGAAGGGCUCCGUCGCUUUUGUUGUUGGAAACCAGGUUGAGGAUGAUCUUCUCAUUCGAGCCCUCACCCUUGCUGUCCAGGUCCCUCAGCGAAGACUCUUCAGCAUAAUAUCUUGGCAAGACAUUCUCCAGCAGAUUGAAGAAGCAAAUGUACUAUUUGGAACCACAUCUAAAAAGUCAAAACAAUCUGCAGGCAUAAGCUAUCCCUUAUAUUAUGAGGUGUUAGUAGCAGCAAAACUCAUUAUGGGCAAUGGAGAGAAACUAACCUUACCACUGAUAGGGAAACUCUUGAAAUUUCAACUUCUCCAGAUUAAACUUAAGGACCAACAGCGACGGGAAAAUGAAAAGAAGGCCAUAGAAGACAGAUUUAAGUUAGAAAAGGAGGAAGGGAAAGCGAAAACUCCCAAGGAAAAGAAGGCCGCAGAUGCCAAAGCUGCCAAAGGAAAGGGGAAGGACCAGCCUGAGGCAAGCACAACAGUGAAAAAGAACACCCAGUUAAAACGGAGGGGAGAGGAAGAUGGGAUCAAAGUUUACAUCGAUGACGAGCCAGAUGAUGGUGCCCAACAUUACAUUAUAGUUGUGGGCUUCAACAAUCCUCAGCUAUUAGCGAUCAUGACUGAACUCGGCGUUCCCAUAAGCAGCGUGAUAAAAAUAUCUUCGGAGAAUUAUGAACCUUUGCAGGCACACCUGGCAGCAGUUAGCCAGCAGCAGGAAGUGGUUCUUCAGCCAGAAGCUAUAGAAGCUGAAAAAUUGAAGAAAGAGAAUACCAUAAAAGAACUUGACGUUUUCUGGAAGUACUUGGAACCGAUCUUGAAUAAUGAGAAGCCUGAAACAAGUCUCUUUGAUGUUGCUCGAUUUCAAUACACAGUCAGGGCGGAUGACUUUCCUUCCGACUGGUCGGACAGCCAGAUGAUGCUGGAAUUGGGCACGAGCAUUUUUGAAAGCAUUGCCUGUUUGAUGUACGACACCCUGGACUGGAAAAGGCAGCAUCAGCACUAUUUGGAGAGCAUGCAGCUGAUUAAGGUCCCACACGUGGUUAGUGAGAAACCUAUCUUAGAAGCCACGCUAGCUUCUGAGGCUCCACAACCUGUUGCCCCAACCCCUGGGAAGAAGAAAGCACAAAAUGAAGAAUUACAAGCUCUACCAUCAGCACUGGCUUCUGUCAUCACAACGGAAGUAGACAUGAGAUAUUACAAUGAUUUGCUGAAUCCAAUUCCGGAAGAAUUCAUUUCUGUGCCCCUGAUACUGCACUGUAUGCUGGAACAGGUUGUGGCAACGGAAAAAGACCUCAUGCCACCCAGUCUGGUGGAGCUGCCGCCCAGAGCCGAUGGGCUGGACCACAGAAUCGCAGCUCACAUUGUGUCCAUCCUGCCCUCUCUCUGCCUCACUGAGAGUGAGAAAAAGAAUCUCCAUAAGAUAUUUUUUCCUCAAGAAGAAAGUGAAAGCAAAGCAGCACCCAGAGGCCCUUUGCUGCUGAAUUACCAUGAUGUGCACGCCCACAAGAAGUAUGCACUGAAGGACCAAAAGAAUUUUGACCCAAUUCAAAUUGAGCAAGAGAUGCAGUCCAAGUUGCCACUAUGGGAAUUUCUUGAGUUCCCUCUGCCCCCACCAUGGAAUAGCACAAAACGUCUAGCUACAAUCCAUGAGCUCAUGCACUUUUGUACAAAUGAACCCUUGAGCUGGAAUGAAGUAGAAAGAGCCUUCAAAGUGUUUACUUUUGAGAGCCUGAAACUCUCUGAGGUUGAUGAAGAAGGGAUACUAAUGCCUUCUAGGAAAAUAUAUGGGAUAGAUUCUGAAAUUUUCAACAUACCAUGGGACAACCCUGCCAGAUUUGCUAAACAAAUAAGGCAACAGUACAUUGCAAAAAUGAACACCCAAGAGGCCAAACUCGAAACAGAUAUUGAACCCAAAGACAACAUUAUAUUUAUGGAUCAGAAUUGGUCAAAAAAUGUUCAAGAUAGUGAGAUCAAUAAUGAACCUUCAAAUCCUAGUCAACCUGAUGCUGACAAUAUGAAGCAUUCUGACCCGAAUAAUGAGAAACCCUUAGAGCCUGAUAAUAGAGAGUCGUCAGAAAAGGAGGCCAGCUUAGAGAUUCAGCAACAACCUGAACCUUUGGAGCAGACCAACGAGAUCAAAGAUGAGGCAGUCACAAAGGCGGGUUCUCUUGAAAAGCAACCCAAGAAGAUGACUGUGGAAGCAGAGUUAGAGGACAUUCAGAAAACGCAGCAACGCAGUCUAAUGGACUGGAGUUAUACUGAGCAUUUUAAACCUAAAGUUCUGCUGCAGUAUCCUCCUACCAUCAUCAGCCUGCUUCCGCUCUCACUUACUCCAAACCAUGCUCUACCUAUCAGAUGUCCCAUUAACUUCACCUUCUUAGAACACCUCUCCAAACUUCAGAAUAAGCUGAAUUUUUUGGAACUUGUUACAAAUUCCAUUCAAGAUUGGAUCAUAAAAGAAGAAGCUCUCUAUCAGGAAUCUAAAAUGGCUGAGGAAAUUGCUAAAACCAAAGCUGAGAUGGAACUGAAAUCUUCUAUUAGUACCAAAAUUGUUUCUCCUAGCAAAGUUAAUUCUGUUAAAAAAUCUGCUAGUAACAAAGUAAUGAUCAAAACAGAGAUACCAGAUCAAGAAAAAGAAAAAGAGAAGGAAAAAUUGACUUUUGUUUUAGAAGGCUCUCUGAAGGCAUGGAAAGAAGAACAAGAUCGAUUAGCAGAAGAGGAGCGCAUAAAAGAAGAAAAAAAAGCAGAAAAGAAGAGUAAGGAAGUUGGUAAAAGGAGAGGCAAAGAAAAGUUAGAGAAAGAAGAGAGUAGGACUGUGAAGAAAAAAUCUAUGCUCAAGGAAAAAGCUAAAGAAGAGCAAAUAAAGCUAUCAGACAUACCAGAGAUGAUGAGUCUCCAAGAGCCACAACCUGAGAUAGUUUACCCGUUUCAUGGAUACAAUAUGGGAGAUAUACCCACCCAAAUCUCAGGAACAAAUUAUUAUCUGUAUCCUUCAGAUGGAGGACAGAUUGAAGUAGAAAAGACAACAUUUGAAAAAGGAUCAACUUUUAUCAAAGUGAAAGUGAAAAAGGACAAACAUAAUUUUAUAAUUCAUCUGAAAGACCCUAAGAAAAUUGUGAAAAAGGAAAAAGAAGUGGAUUAUUCUUCAGAAGAUGAGGAAGAAGCAAGAGAGGGAGAAAAAAAUAUUGAACUAGAAGAAUCAAAUGCAGAGAAUAAAGCUGUCAGCAAGUCUGGAUCUUUUUCUGCCACCUUGGAAAAUGGAAUCUGCCUCUCCAUAAGUUACUAUGGACCUAGCGGAAAUGCGCCAGAGGAGAAGGAUCCUCAGUUGGAAGCAAUGUUGAAUAUCCCAUCAGCACUUCUUCCAACAGUAAUUCCUGUUAUAGUGCCAGUUCCUCAAGUCAAAGGAAAAGGGAAAACAAAAGUCAAAGAAAAACACAAAGAAUCUAUUAAAGAAGAGGAGCACCCAAAAGAAGAAGAAAAAAAGGAAGAAGUAGAACCAGAACCUGUUUUACAAGAGACUGUUUUUGUUCCCACCUUCCCAAACCUAAAUGUGUCUUGCCCCAAUGGACUCCUAGUGACCUUCACUGGGCAAGAGUCAACAGAUAAAUAUGUUAAGGAUGAGGAUCCCACUUGGGACAUCAUGGUCCGACAGAGCUACCCCCAGAGGAUAAAGCACUAUGACUUCUAUAAAACGGUGCUGCCCCCAGCGGAGCAGGAGGCAUCGAGGGUUAUCACCAGGCAAGGCACUGUGGUCAAGUAUAUGCUGGAUGGAUCCACACAGAUUCUCUUUGCAGAUGGCUCUGUGAGCAGUAGUCCCGAUUCAGGGCCUGUUUGUCCUCCUGUUGAAAUGUCAGUAACUCCUCACAGUGGAGACUUGAUGGACUCGGUUUCUCAGCAAAAGUCAGAAACAAUACCAUCAGAUAUUGUCAUCCCAAAGAAAGGAAAAAGUCACAAAAAUCAGUCUGCGGUGUUACACAAGAGUGAAAUCCAUGAACCUCCCAUAGAAGCGGUUCACAUAGUGACUCCAAUGGAGACUCACGUGGGCACCUGGUUUACAACUACACCUGAAGGGAAUCGGAUUGGCACCAAAGGAUCAAAAAAAAUAGCAGACUUAGCACCAUUUUUAUCUUUUCAGGCCACAGAUCCUGUCACCGGAACGGUUAUGACCACUCGGGAGGACAAAGCAAUCAUCGUGGAGAAGCAGGAUGGCACGCGGAUAGUGGACCAUGCUGAUGGGACCAGAAUCACAACCUUUUACCAAGUUUAUGAAGAUAAUUUUAUUCGUUUGAGUGAUCAAGAAAUAAAUGAAGGUCCUCAGGUGACUGCCACUAGGCAGGUGAAGUGCAUGCGGAUAGAAAGUUCACACUAUGCCACUGUCAUCACCAACUGCGAGGACAGUAGAUGCUGUGCCACCUUUGGGGAUGGGACAUCUGUUAUUGCAAAGCCACAGGGAACAUACCAGGUGUUACCGCCAAACACAGGCUGUCUCUAUAUCGAUAGGGAUUGUUCAGCUAUAUAUUGCCAUGAAUCAAGCAGUGAUAUAUACUACCCUUUCCAAAACCGUGAGCAGCUGAGAGCUAGCACGUACAUCAUGAAGCACACCUCAGAGGUUAUCUGUCAGGUCCUGGACCCAGAGGGAAACACCUUUGAGGUCAUGGCUGAUGGUAGCGUAUCAACUAGGCUACCUGAAAUCAAUUUGGAAGAUCAUUUAGAUGCAAGUCCAGAAGGCUAUGAUAAUUUAUCAUCUGCUCACCUUCAUAAGAAUCAUCUGCAAAUCUUUGGUGAACAUGUCCCCAGGUUUUUUGUUGUCUAUGCCGAUGGAUCAGGAGUGGAACUUCUUCGAGACAGUGACAUUGAAGAGUACCUGUCCUUGGCAUACGGAGAACCAACUACCGUAGUUCUUCAAGAGCCAGUGCAGGAGCAGCCAGGUGCCCUCAGCAUCACUGUCCUUCGCCCUUUUUGUGAAGCAUCGCCAUGGCUGAUGAAGAAAGAGCUCGAUACAAUUGUUCCUCCGAAUCUCCAGUCGAGGACAUGGGAGACAUUUCCCCCAGUAGAGAAAAAAACUCCAGGACCUCCGUUUGGCACUCAGCUUUGGAAGGGCCUUAACAUUGAGGCCAAACAGCUAGUGAGCACCCCCGCCCCUGUAGUCAAGAGCCCCAAUGUGCUACAGAUACGCCAGUUCAUCCAGCACGAGAUCAUAAAGAAUGAGGUGAAACUGAAGCUACAGAUUUCCCUUAAGGAUUAUAUAAACCAUAUCCUAAAGAAAGAAGAUGAGCUACAGGACAUGACAGUUAAAGAUUCCAGAACUGAGGAGGAGAGAGGCAACGCUGCAGAUCUCCUCAAACUAGUUAUGUUAAAUGAAUCUAUUUUUAAAGUUGCAGCCCACCUAAUUGAUUUGUAUAAGCAGUCUUUGACUUCUGUUCCGGAGUGUCUGCCAGACCCAUUUGAUACAGAGCUCUCUGAAAAGAAAUUGAAGCAUGCAGCAACAGUAAAGCACUGGAAAGAGAAGAUAGCUCAGAAGAGGAAAGAGAUUGAAAACACAAACAACUAUUUAAUGAAAAUUAGGAACAAAGUAGUAUCACCUUACUUCAAAUCUGAAUUUAGCAAGACAUUUCAGUCUCAGAAAGGUGAAGAUGUGAGCAAAACAACUGAGAAAAAUACAUGUGGUCUUCAUCCAGGUUUUCUAGAUCCCCAGCCAAAAGAAGUUGUAGAACAGGAACCCUCAGAUAGGGCUUUUUCUUCAAAAUCGGAGAGUUCUGUGAAUAUCAAGGAGUUCGCUAACCAGAAGGAAACUGAAAAUUUAUCCAAGUCUCCCACAGAAUCAGAUCUGUGUCUGCCCGUGAAAAUCCCAACCCAGUCGUUGCUGCAGGAUGUCAAAGGACAAGCUAGGAAGGAGAAAGUGAAGAUACCUCACUAUUUGAGGAGUUCCAAGCCCAAGUCUGUACCUCUCACAAAGGCGCAAGAUCCUUCUGGAGGAAGAGUGAGAACAUCCUCCAUUGCUUCGGCUGCCAUUAAAAACCCACAUUCAUCCCCUUACGGAUUCCAUCUUCUCCCUCCAUCAGUGAAGUUUGGAGUGCUUAGAGAAGGGCACACCUAUGAAACCACUGUCAAGCUCAAGAACACUGGCGUGGACUUCUGCAGGUUCAGGGUAAAGCAGCCGCCACCCAGCACAGGACUGAAAGUGACCUACAAACCUGGGCCUGUGGCAUCUGGCUUGCAGGUAGAACUGAAAGUGGAGCUAUUUGCCAUGGUUUCGGGUGAGGACAGCACCAAGGGAUCGACACACAUCUUUCACUAUAUUGAGAUCAUGACUGAGCAUGACGUCCUGUUCUUACCUGUGGAAGCGACAGUUUUAACAAGUAUCAAUUAUGAUAAGAGACUCGAAAGUUUUCCCCAGGGAAAGGAAACUCCCUUGGUCCAGAGGACAUCUGCAGUUCCUUCCCCUGAUGUUGGAGUUGUCCUGACCCAUAAAGACUGUCCACAGUAG